AUGUCGCAAUUUGAUAAUAUUCUUCGCGAUCUUAAAGUUGGGGACAAGCAGUACAAGUACUACGACAUCACUGCUUUGGGUGAUAAGCGAUAUGGUCAGUUCCUGGAAAUCCGCUUUUUGGAAAAAAAAAGAACGGGGAAACAAAAGAUUAUUGCGUUUCAGAAACUUUCGAACUUUCAGUUCUAAUUUUUAAUUUCAAAAAAGGACAAAAAAGGAAAAAUUUUAAAAUUAAUCAUAAAAAUUGAAAACGAAGAAUCGAACUUUUCCUUCCAUCUACAAAUAAAAAUUGCUGUGUCCAAUUCACAGAAUUAUAUGAAACGCAAGACAUGAAACUUCUAAGUAUCUCAAGUUUACCGCUUCUGUGAAAAUUUGAAAAAGACCCUCUGACGGGAACAAACUUCCUUUUCUGAUACCAAAUGACACUAAUAGAAAAGUCACGAGAUAGAUGUUUUAUUAUUAAUACACCAACUAUUACUGUUUCAGAAAAUCUUCCAAUCAGCAUCCGCUACUUGUUGGAGUCGGCGAUCCGCCACUGUGACGGAUUCCACAUCACGAACAAGGAUGUCGAAUAUAUUCUGAACUGGGAGAAAAGCCAGGCCGAAGACGCCGAGGUUCCAUUCAAACCGGCUCGCGUCAUUCUCCAGGACUUCACGUAAAGAAAUUAUUCAUGAUGAGAUCCAAAGAACCUUUUGCAGUGGUGUGCCUGCCGUCGUUGACUUGGCGGCUAUGAGAGACGCUGUUCAGCAAUUGGGAGCUGAUCCGGCAAAGAUCAACCCGAUCUGCCCUGUUGAUCUGGUUAUCGAUCAUUCCGUUCAGGUUGAUCACUACGGAAAGUAUGUUUUGGAGUUUAAAAAAGCUAGGUCGCCGUAAAAAUUGUUUGCACAUUCGGGAUUUGAAGCCGCGGAAAAAAAAAUUCGAUCAUAUAACGUUGCAACAACAAAAAAUUUGUGGAGCCGUAAAUCUUUGAAAUUAUAGCAUAAAUAGUUUUGGCCAGAGGUAAUAAAAAUACAAUUUAGAAAAAUCUGUAAAACGGUUAAAUGUAUCUAUCUUUAAAAAAAUCGGUUUUAUUGAAUCUUAUAAAAACUUCCAUACAAUUUCCGUCUUUUCUAUUCAGAAUCUUUACAGCCUCGAAGCCCUCGCAAAGAACCAAGAAAUCGAGUUCGAACGCAACAAGGAGCGCUUCAACUUCUUGAAAGUUUGUUCUUUUCUCUUUUUUUUUUUCUCAAAUCGGCGCUCCUUAUCAAUCGGCAACAUUGUCUUGUCAUCGUCUCAAGUUGGAAUCGGGUGACUUUAUCACGCAAUCCUUGCGCGAAAUGAUAGCAAAAGUGAGAGCAAACCUAUGAAACUGAACCUUUUGUACUUUGAAACGUCAAGAGAAAAAAGCAAAUUAAAAAGGAUUAUGUGUUUUAUAGUUCUAUCACGUUUGUAUCGGAAUCUACAAUGACUUUAUUUUUAAAUACAAGAAAUGCUUAUAAAGUUCCACUAACUUAAAAAAAGAAUCUGUAGAACAAAAAAAUAAUUAGAAUCUAUAAUUUCUCGGAAAUUGCUUUAUUUAAAUCACAAAUAUUUUAAAUUUUGUGGUCAAAACUCAACUUCUUUGGUUUUGACCACAAAAAUUGAAAAAGCUACUUAUCUACAAUUCUUUUUCUCAAGUAGGGAAAUACAAUGUUAAAAUAAUGAAGGGCAUAAAAAAACCUAUGAUAUAUUGUUGGCUCUGCUAGAUUCAAUGACAGUUCCAAUAUUUUUUUCUCAAGGCCGAACCAAAAAAAGAAAUCGGAAAAAAAUUUGCUCGAUUCUGACAGAAUCAGUCUUUAAAAAUAUAAUUUUAAUAAAUAAUUUUACAGUGGGGCUCCAAGGCCUUCGACAAUUUGUUGAUUGUUCCACCUGGCUCUGGAAUCGUUCAUCAGGUCAACCUCGAGUACCUCGCCAGGACUGUUUGCGUCGGAAAUGUAACUUGGUCAAAGUUGCUUUUCAAUUUGAUAUUCUUCAUAGGAUGGAGUUCUCUACCCGGACUCUGUCGUUGGAACCGAUUCGCACACGACCAUGAUUGAUGGCUGCGGAGUCCUCGGCUGGGGCGUUGGUGGAAUCGAAGCUGAAGCUGUGAGUUUUCCUAUAAUCAACAGAUCAAGAAGGUUUUCGAAAUCUCCAGGUGAUGCUCGGUCAACCGAUCACCAUGGUCAUCCCUCAAGUCGUUGGAUACGAAUUGGUCGGAUCUUUGCCCGACACCGUCACCAGCACGGAUUUAGUUCUGACUAUCACGAAGGUGACUCAUGAAAGACAGAUAUAAAAUUUCCUUCAUGAUUGAGAGUUUGUAUACCUGUUAAAAAAUGUUUCAAGGUAUAUUUCAGAUUUCAUCGUUUUUUCAUUAUGAUUCCCAUUCAUCUGCACAUUUCGCGAGAAAAGUGCUUUCCCAGACUCCUUUCUGAUUCAAGCUCGAAAACAAAUCGUUCCUUGUUUUUCUGGACAAUAGUUCCCUAAUAGGAGCAAAGCACAUUUUUUAAAGUCGUGUACUUCAGAAUCUCCGUGACCUCGGCGUCGUUGGCAAGUUUGUCGAGUUCUUCGGCAGCGGAGUUUCUUCUCUUUCUAUCGCGGAUAGAGCUACCAUUGCCAAUAUGUGCCCUGAGUACGGAGCUACCGUCGGAUUCUUCCCAGUUGAUGCUAGAACUAUCGAGUGAGAUAUUUUUAUCAUUUUUGAUUCUGGAAUAAAGUGACUUCAGAUAAAAAUGAAGUCAAGAAAUGAGCUCCAAAAAUCUAAUUUGUUCGAAAAUCAAUAAAAAAAAAGGAAAUUUUCACUGAAAAAGUUGUCAUUUUCUGAAGUUCAAAUCCUUCCACAAGUUCCGUUAAUAAUUUCUUUCUUAACUUUUUGGAAUUCAUUUUUUUUUAGCUACUUGCGUCAAACUGGCCGUGAUGACGCCUACAUCCAUCGUGUGGAAGAAUAUCUCAAAGCGAACGGCAUGUUCGUCAACUUCUCUGAUCCUUCCUUCAGACCUCACUACACCACGGUAACAUCCAAGCUGAUCCUUUUAAAGUUCUGUCUGAGUUUUCAGGUCCUCACUCUCGAUUUGGGAACGAUUGUCCCGAGCGUCUCCGGACCCAAGCGUCCCCAUGACCGCAUCAAUCUUGCCGACCUUCACAACGACUUCACUGAAGGUCUCACUGCCAAAGUUUCCUUCAAGGUAAGAUUUGAAUCGACAACAACUUUUUUCAAUAAAGUAUACAGGGCUUUGGACUGUCUGCUGAGGAUGCGGCAAAGCAGGUGCAAGUGACCAACCACGGAAGAACUGCUCCUUUCGGUCACGGGUGAGGCUUUUGGAGCAGAAAAUUAAGUUCAACGAAGGAUAUUUCAGAUCUGUUGUCAUUGCUGCUAUUACUUCUUGCACCAAUACUAGCAACCCAAGUGUCAUGCUUGCUGCUGGCCUCGUUGCCAAAAAGGUGAACAUUAACUGGAAGCUUUGAAAAAAAAACUAAACCAAAUCUUUUUAUGUGAUUUUUCGGGUUCAUUCCUGUUUUUGUGUGGUUUUCAGGUUGAAAGAUUCAUAUCAUUUGAGAACAGUUUAUCGGAUCGAUUUUCUUUGAAGUAUACCUCUGUAAUACCAUCAACAACUUUCAGGCCGUUGAUCUCGGACUCCAAGUGCAGCCCUUCUGCAAGACCUCUCUUUCUCCUGGAUCUGGCGUUGUGACCAAGUACCUCGAGGCUUCGGGUCUUCUUCCCUACCUCGAGAAGCUCGGCUUCAACAUUGCGGGUUAUGGCUGCAUGACCUGCAUUGGAAACUCGGGGCCUCUCGACGACAGUGUCACGAAGGCUAUUGAAGAUGUGGGCUUUUGAAGUGUGCCAUCGCUUUAGAGCAGAUUUGACACAAAUCACAACGAAAAGGCAAACUUUUCUAAAAGUAGAGUGCUGAAAAGCAACUAUUUUUUGUAGAUCAAACGUUUUAUAAAGUUGCUUUCAAGUUUUUCAACAAAGUCAGAAAGUUAUAUCGUUCACAGGAAAACUAUUUUUUUACAAUGAACUGGAUUUUUUUCCAAUAGAGUAGCUUUAAUUAAACGCGUAAAUAUUCAUUUUACAAUUAUGAGAAAAACGAUUUUUUUAUUCAGAACAACCUCGUCGUUUCCGGAGUUCUUUCUGGAAACAGAAACUUCGAAGGAAGAAUCCAUCCUCUGGUCCGAGCCAACUAUUUGGCCAGUCCUCCAUUGGCCGUAGUUUAUUCGAUCGUCGGAAAUGUCAACGUUGAUUUAAGCGGUGUUAUUGGUGAGUAUAAAAAUGAACCAAGUGUUUCAAAUUAGUGCAAAAGAAAAUGUUUUUUUCUAGCAAAUUUUUUCUGACUUUUAAAGCCUUUCAUGAAAUCGUGUGAUGAAGUGCUGAAAAGUUGAAAAAAAAAACCUGAUGUCUACUCUAAAAGACUUUCAUUGCCUCGAGUUUAACCUAGAACUUUUUCAGCCCACACCUCGACCGGCCAAGAAGUCCGGCUUGCCGACAUCUGGCCAACUCGUGAAGAAGUUGCCAAGUUCGAAGACGAAUUCGUCAAGCCUCAGUUCUUCCGCGAGGUUUGCUUCAAAUUAAAGGGCAUUUCUCAUGCAAAUUUUAUUAUUAAGGUUUACGCAAACAUCGAAAAAGGCUCUCCUCAGUGGCAGAACCUUGAAUGUCCACCGGUCAAGCUGUACCCUUGGGACAAAGAAAGCACUUACAUCAAGAAGGUUCCAUUCUUCGAGGGCAUGGUAAAAGAAAAGCUAAAACGUUGUGAAGUGUCGGAUUUUGUUGCAGACCGCGCAACUUCCUUCUCGCACCGAAAUCAAAAACGCUCAUGUCCUUCUCAACUUGGGUGAUUCGGUGACUACUGAUCACAUUUCUCCGGCUGGUUCCAUUUCCAGGGUUUGUUUCGGAGAGUGGAUUCUUUGAAGUAGAAAAAAAUUAGCAGUUAAAUCUGAAGGCGCGACAAAUAUUCUGGGUCUACAGCGCUGAUAAUGUUCAGAUUGAGCGACUAGAAGAUGUUGAAAGAUCUCAAAUUCAAAGCUUCACGUUUUUGAAAAAGCAUUCUGAAUCUUUUUGUUUUGCGUUUCUGCUCGCAGAGCUCUUUUUUAUAACAUAUAAUAUAUUUCAAAAAAUUAAACCACGUAAAAAAUUGCUCUAAAAAGAAUCUUUGCAGAUCUCUCCCGCCGCUCGUUACUUGGCCGACCGUGGUUUGACUCCUCGUGAUUUCAACACCUACGGAGCGCGUCGAGGAAACGAUGAGGUCGGUCAAAACCCUUUUAUUUUGUCACUAAUUUUUUUUUUCAGGUCAUGGCCCGAGGAACCUUUGCCAACAUCCGUCUUGUGAACAAGCUGGCUUUGAAAGUCGGUCCUCAGACGUUGCACGUUCCAAGCGGAGAAGAGAUGGACAUCUUCGAUGCCGCUGAAAAAUACCAGAAAGCCGGAUCUCCGGUAAGUUUUCAUAACGUGAAACUGAAAAAAUCUUUACCUGGUUUUAAAAUUGAUGCUUGAAUUGUUUGAUAUAAUUGGUAUUGAGUUGAUUUCCUUUUUGACUAAACUAAAAAAACGAGUAUUCACUGAUUGAUUUACCGAUUGUAGGUGAUCAUCCUUGCCGGAAAAGAAUACGGCUGCGGAUCUUCUCGCGAUUGGGCCGCCAAGGGACCUUACUUGCAGGGCGUCAAGGCUGUUAGUUUCUCUUUCACCUACAGUUUUUGAAAAAAAAGGGUGAUAGAGCUGAGGAAAUUUCCAGGUCAUUGCGGAGAGCUACGAAAGAAUCCAUCGAUCCAACUUGGUGGGAAUGGGAAUCGUGCCUCUUCAGUUCCUUUCUGGUGAAAAUGCCGAUUCUCUUGGAUUGACCGGAAAGGAAACUUUCAAGUAAGUUGGGAGCUUUAAAUGGUUUACUCAUGGAAAAUAGACUCUUUCUCAAAUUUCAGGUUGGCAGUAAAACACUGAAAUUUUUUCUUAAAUCCUACUUUCCCAGCGCUUUCUUAUAGUUCUUGAAAAUCUUACUUCCAAAGUUUCUAUCAAAACUCAUCUUCCAGCAUCCACCUUUCCAAAGACCUCUCGUGCGGUGAAAUCGUCGAAAUCGAAGCUUCUAGCGGCGUUUCUUUCAAGGUAAUAACUAUUUGAGAAAUUUCUAGAUGAUAGUUUUUUUUUCCAGGCAACUCUUCGCUUCGACACCGACGUCGAGCUCGAGUACUACUACCACGGCGGAAUCCUGCAGUACAUGAUCCGAAAACUUAUCCAGUAG